GGAAAACGGCGACAGUUUGCCAACGGCUACGUUGCGCGAAAUAUUAAGAAAAUACAAAAAAAAAUUGGCUGAGCAAAUAAAUAACUGUUUGAUAAACUUAAAGAAAGUCGUGUGCAAAAAAGUGAAAUCGGUGUGUUGGAAAGUGAUAAACUUAUUUUGAAAAUUUAAAAUAAAGAAUAUUAAGACAAAAAAUAAAAAAUAAAUAAAUAAAUUAGAGUUGCAAUUUUGUGCUAGUGAAUUUAUAUAUAAUUUUAUUUCGAAUUUUAUUUUCGCAAGCAACCACACACACGCACACACAUUUGUAUACACAUAAACGACAAUUAUGAUUUGUCCGAAGCGUACAGCAGAGUUGAUCGCGCUCCAUUUGGCGCCCCUCAAGGAUGCCGAACCUGCCUGGGAGGUGGGAGUUUCCAAAAUAGCUGGACGUGGCAUUUUCACAACGCGCGAUCUUAAACGCGGCGAUGUGAUAUUUCGCGAUAUUCCGCUGCUGAUCGGUCCUUCCGCGCGCGCCGAGGAUACGCUCAAUACGUGUUCGGUGUGCUUCAAAAGUUUGCCUGAUACGAAAUUUAUGUGCCGUCAAGGCUGUGGUUUGCCCGUCUGCUCGCUUUGUGGCAAAAAACAACAACACAAAGUCGAUUGUACACUUUUCAAAACGUGGAAACCCUGCGAACCGGAUGUGGCCAACUCUUUGCUCAUUCGUUUGUUGUGCGUCGGACGUGCCAUCAAUUUGACAAAGGAUCAACGCGAUCUUAUCUAUUGUUUGCAAGCGAAUUUGGAUAAUAAUCAUCGCACGGAAGUGCGCAAUGCCGCCAAAGGUUUCAAUGAGUUCCCCAACGAUAAGAAGAUAAUUGAGAUUAUGAAUCGUACGGUGGCCGUGUUGCGUACGAAUGGUUUUGAUGAGACCGCCGAUCGCACCAAUGACAAUCAGGAGUUUCCCCAUCGUGCAUUGUAUCCAUUGUUUGCUGUCAUGAAUCACGAUUGCAUUCCCAAUUCAUAUUACACUUUCGAGGAUAAGACCAGGAAUAUGGUGGUGCGAGCCUCAGUGGAUAUACCAGCUGGCACGGAGGUCACCACCACGUACACGAAAUUGUUCACCGGAAAUAUUGCACGACAUCUAUUUUUGAAAAUGAAGAAGGGCUUUACAUGCAAAUGUCCGCGCUGCUCCGAUCCGACAGAAAAAGGUGCCUUCAUAUCUGCGCUCUAUUGUCGCGACACCAACUGCAGCGGACUGGCCGUGCCCGAGACCACCGGUAUGCCGCAUCCGAAUUGGAAUUGCUUGGUUUGCAAACAAAAAUCGACGCAUUCGCAAAUGGCUAAGGCGCAAGAUUUUGCAGCUGGUGCUAUUAGUUCCAAAUUCAAUUCGAAGUCACUCAAAUCGGUGGUGCUCUACUUGAGAGACAAAAGCUCUGGCUUUAUACCCGAUAGUAAUCAUGCGGUAAUCGAUGCGAAGCUGCAAGUGAUAGCGCGUCUGGCGAAGAAACGAGAGGAUUGCACUGAUGACGAAGUGACAGCAAAAGCGAAAUUUUGUGAUGAUAUAUUGGAGAUCAUGGACAAGCUGGGCCUGGGUGAUUGUGUGAUGCGCAGCUAUUUGGAGACUCAGAAGGCGAAGGAAGUGAAGUAGAAGCAGGAAGCAGGAGGCGGCAAACAGGAAGGAAUGAAUUUUUGUAUAAAGAAAUUGAAAAAUUAAGAAAGAAUAAAAUAAAAGAUUUUUAGCGAUGCAGAUGUUGGGAAAAUCAAUAAAAAUAUUUAUGGUUUCUUUCUGGAAGAAACAAGUUAAGAAAAAACAAUAAAAAAGAGUUAGCAUAAUUAAACAUUUUUCAUUUUAUAAUUUCAUUACAUGCCCUUUAAUAUUUCUCAUUCAUGUCAUAUAAUUUGAAUACGAAAAUUUCGCUGCAAAUCAAUGCUGACACAGUUUUUAUAAAAAAAAAACUAAUUUUUGUGCAAAAAAAAAAAUCUUUUACCAAGAAACUUACGUGCAUAUGAAGUGAAUAAUGUACUAUGCCUCGAAUAUUCAAUGUAAAUAGUUGUACUUGUACUUGUACUUUGUGUUAUUUAUGUGCAUAAAAAUAAAUGUCCUUUAAACAAAAUAAAAUAAUAACAAUGAA